CUGAGAACUUCACAUCAACACACAGGUAGAUCACAGGUAGAUCACAGGUAGAUCACAGGUAGAUCAACGUUCAGAAGUAAAUUCAGAACAAGCAUUUUAAAAAUGACACCACAGAUUCUGAUCCUCGCCUUGACCAUCGGUCUGGCACUGUCCGUCCCAUCCUCCAACAGAUGUCCCCAGCCAACCGCAACCAACCCCACCCCCGCAGCCUUCCUGUACGGCAGCCCCGACGACUGCCAGACGUUUUUCAUGUGUAACUAUGGCAACCCUAUCCGUAUGUCAUGUCCAGCCACGACCACCUUCAAUGAGCUCCACCAGACGUGUGUCAACAGGAACAGUGAAUUCGACACGUGCACGAGCCCAAGCGUGCCCGUCCCAUCCUCCAACAGAUGUCCCCAGCCAACCCAAGCCAACCCCAACCCCUACCAUUUCCUGUACGGGAGCCCCGACGACUGCCAGACUUACUUCAACUGUGACCACGGCAACCCUAUCCGUAUGUCAUGUCCAGCCUUGACCACGUUCAAUGAGAGGCUCCAAGUUUGUGUCCAUAAGGGUAGCAUCUUCGACACCUGCACACGUUAGAGCUCAGUUUAAUUUCGCUGGAGAACGUCCUAGGAAACUUCAGCCAAAUGACCUGAUUGAUGGAAUUUCCUCCAUAUACAAGAUAACAUAUUUCGCCACGUUCAUAAGAAAUCCUUCUCUUUUACAUUAAUUUUCUUAUUGUUUUUUCCUAUUCGUUUUUUUUUCAGCUCGACAAUCUAAUUAAUUGUUUGUUAUUUAUUUUGAACUAAAAAUAAUUUGUAUUUAAAAA